AUGCCCACUGGCAUGGUUCCUGUUAAGCAGAUAAGUGCUUUCAUCAAAGUGCUAGUCAGAGUUAAGAGAGCAUUGAAGUUGGACACCGUUAAAAAGGAUAAUCCAUCUGAUGCAACACCUUUGAAGGCCAAAAAGAAAAAUCUAAACUCUUACUCACCGACAACAGGAACACGCCAAAUGAGUCCAUUUUCGUCUCCCACGAGUCAUAGUGCACAAGAUUUCAGAAAUCACCCAUCAAAUGGAGAUGGAGCUGAGCAGAAUCAUUCAGAAAGCGGAUUAUCCAGAAGAGGGCAGCCUCAAACAGAGGAGGAUGCGUUCAUGGAAUUGCAGUCCAAAGUGGAAAACUCAUUGGUUAGAAUUCUGAAAAUAAGAGCAAAUCUGACAAGCCUACAGGCUUUAGAGGGCAGUAGAGAGCUUGAAAAUAUUAUUGGUGUCUCUGACUUGUCUUGCGUCUUGAGUGCUGAAGUGCUGAAAACCCAAGUGCUAAUGAGUCAAGCCCAAGAACUGCAGCUCUUGAAAAGAAACAAUGGAAAACUUCCUGCCCGAGAGCAGUCAAACUUGCGAAAGAAUGGCAGUGGAAGUAGGAGAGGAAAAGAAACUUGGGAAGAUUCUGCCCUUUUAAUGCUUUUGCGGGCCGGGGACAGGAGACGCCACGGCAAAGGGCAGAAAGGCUUCUACCGACCCGUCUGCACCUGGGUGAGGUUUCUGGUGCCUCUCCAGCUGCUGCCUUACCCUGUGCACCCCUAA